GUGUCUUUCUCUCUUUCGUUUUUGCUUUUUUCUUGGCUUCGAGAAAUCAUUCUACAUUUGGAGGGAGAAGAGAAAAAGAAAAAACGAUUGACACAUUCGCUGCAGUAAACCAACACAUUUGGCUUUGUCAACGAGUGCCACAUCAAAUAACCUUUUACUCCCUCCCCUUUUUUCUUUCUUACAUUUUUUCUUGUUUUUUAUUGUACAGCCCAUUUCGUAAACAGAAACUAUAUCAGUCAGGCACCCAUUUACCCCCACUUGCACGCACACACACUCACACUUUCUUUCAAAAUUGAUCUUGCAAGCAUUUACAAGAAAAAAGAAAAAGAAAAAAGAUCCUCUCGUACCUUGCAUUGUACAUAUACACACACACACACACGCAAAAAAUACACGCACGCACUACUACCUGUUACCUACUACGACAACGACGAAAAAUCAACCUCCACAAUAUUGGGAACAACGAAUAGCGACUUUUUUUUUCCAUAUACAUAUAUCGUAUGGCAGCUUUUAAUCAACAUCAUCAGCAACAUUCGUUCAAUAGUAACAGUAACAGCAGCAGCAGUAGUAGUAGCACCACUAGCAGCAGCCACCACCACGUACACCAUCCGUCAUUACCCACACAAACGACACCACAGGCAGCAGCAGCAGCGCCAGUUUCACGUACCUCGCCUCAAUCCCAUAAUGAACCGUCGCUGCUUCCAGAAACGAUUGGCAAACGCGUAGAUCCUCAAUAUUCACAAGUUCUUCACGCACGAGUAAAGGAUAUUUUACGAAUACAUUAUGACAGUUUUCCGGGAUCACAACCUGUCAGUUUCGAAACAAAGCAUUUGACAGAACUGGAGCAAGAGGAUUAUUUUGUUUGUGAAAAAACGGAUGGUGUACGGUAUCUACUGUUCUUUUGCCACUCGUCCAAGGGCCCGGCAUCUUUUUUGUUUGACCGGAAUAGGAUAUGGUAUUACGUUCCCAAUCUGCUGUUUCCUAUGCGUGGGCGAGAAAAGGAGUUUUUAAAGGACACAUUGAUGGAUGGUGAAUUGGUGAUAGAUACCGAGCCAAAUGAUAAGAAAGUAUGGCGCUUUUUGUUAUUCGAUCUCAUGUCACUGAACGGUGUGCCUGUUACGAAACGAUCAUUCAAUACGAGACUCGGGAUGCUGCAACAAGAAGUUAUCGCGCCCUUCAAGAACAGUGUACGACAUAUCGCGGAUGCAUUGAAAUCACCUCCAUUUAGCAUAGAGCUGAAAAAAAUGGAACGGUCUUAUGGAUUGCAUCUCGUUUUUGAUCAAAUGGCAAAACUAAAGCAUAGUAGUGAUGGCGUGAUAUGGACUCCUGUAAAACAUCCCUAUGUGCCCGGGACCUGUGACAAAUUAUUAAAAUGGAAACCGCCGGAGCUCAACACCGUUGAUUUUCGGAUAUUUGCAAAAUGGAGCAAAGAACACAAGCCGAUCUAUAACUUGGAGGUGUUAUCACAUGGUGUCACGUAUAAAUUUUUUGAUCAUUUCCAGCCUGAACAUGAAUUAGCAUCCCAAUGGAAGAGUCACUUGCCGGAUGGGCGGAUUGCAGAAUUCAGAUAUGAUCCAGAUUGGAAGGUGACGGUUGUCGAACAAGGAUGCACUUUACACAGAUUUGUUCGAUUUAGAACAGAUAAAGACACCGCCAACGAUGAAAAUGUUGUACAAAAAAUCAUGCACAGCAUACAGGAUGGCAUCACAAAGGACCAGCUGUUGGCGCACAUGGACAAGGUUCGCAGUGCGUGGAAGGCAAGA